AUGGAUUCCGAUGGCCGGUUCGAGAUCGACUGCAACGGGGAGGGCGCCCUCUUCGUCGUGGCUCACUCCGACCGCACCUUCGACGACUUCAGCGACCACAAGCCGUCGCCGGAGAUACGGAGGCUGUUCUGUCCUCCCGUUCAGCCGUCGUCCGUUAUACUGGCCUUACAGGUGACCUUCUUGAUGUGCGGCGGUGUGGUACUGGGGACGGCGACGCACCACGCCGCGGCCGACGGUCCCAGCAUCUUCCAUUUCAUCCGGACGUGGGCAGGCUACUGCAGGGACGGCGAGAGCGCGGCGGUAGAGCUCCCGUGCCACGACCGCGGCCUCCUCCGCGCGCGGUCCCCGGCCGUCAUCCACCCCGAGACCAUCCCCACGUUCUGCAGCAGGCUACCCCAGCACGAGCCGUCCGGCGCCGUCGCAACCCAGGUCUUCACCAUCUCCAAGGACCAGGUGCACGCCCUUAAGCGCCUGUGCGGCGGCGCUAGCACGUUCUGCGCCGUGAGCGCCCUAGUUUGGCAGUGCGCAUGCGUCGCCCUGGAGCUGCACCCGAAAGCGACCACGCGCAUCAACUUCCCCGUGGACAUCAGGCACCGCCUCACGCCGCCGCUGCCGGCCCGCUACUUCGGAAACGGAAUGGCUUUACACACGACACAAACUGCACGAUCUGUGAACGAUAACACUGUGCACCGGGUGAGAUCCGCGACGGAGCGGCUCGACGAUGAGCUGCUGAGGUCCGCCGUGGACUACUUCGAGGUGGCGGAGAAGGACGGGCAGACGGAGCAGAGGGGGAACCUGCCGGAGACGGAGCUGCGGAUGAACAGCUGGUACCACCUGCCCAUGUACGACGCCGACUUCGGAUGGGGGAAGCCGCGGGUGAUGACGAGGGCGGAGGCUGUACGCGGCGGCUGGGUGUACCUCUUGUCUGGCGGCGGCGAUGGCAGCGCGCGCCUGCUCAUAUCUUUGGAGCCGGCGACUCUCAGCAAGUUCGGGCUCGCAGUUGCUGAACGCCAAGUUCUUGCCGGUGUGCAUGCUAGGCUGUGA